AUGCAUGAGAAUGAGGCAAGCACCUCAUCGCCCGUUGUUGAAGACAUGCAGACGGUGGAAGACUUAAUGGAAGAAAUGCAAACAAAGUUCUGGAUCAUCUUCAUUAUAUAUGUUUGUUGCUCAGCUAUAUGGGUAUCUUAUUGUAUAAUCACACAUCGGAGGGAUGUUGAACGGCAGGAAGAGCAAGGUCGUCAUAAUAACGUUGCACGGUUUCUAGAGCUUCAACGUCUUAUGGAUGUUUAUAAUCGUGGAGAUGUAGAGAAUGGUACAGCUCCUAAAGCUCAAAUAUAA